AAUUGUUUCUUCAAGAAGUCUCCAAUACAAGCAUAUAAAAAGCAUCCCCCAAAAUGUCCCAAACCGAAAAACACCACAUCAGCGCCACGAACGCCCAAACUUUCACCACCAAAAUCCUCACAGCAAACGGCGUCCCGGAACAAAACGCCGAAAUCAUCAGCAAAUGCCUCAUUCAAGCUGACCUCCGUGGGGUGGACACGCACGGUAUAAAUCGGAUCCCGUCGUACAUGGAACGGAUCCGGCAGGGCGUCCUUGAUGCCAAAGCAAACCCCAGCCUGAAGCAGAUCACACCGGUCGUGGCGCAGGUAGACGGGGCGAACGGGUUCGGGUUCGUCGCCGCGCACAUGGGGAUGGCGCGGGCGAUUGAGAUGGCCCGCGAGUUCGGGAUAGGGUUUGUAUCGGUGAAGCACUCGAAUCAUUUUGGGAUGGCGGCGUGGGUGGUGCAGCAGGCGUUGGAGGCGGGCAUGAUGAGCCUCGUGUUUACGAAUUCGUCGCCGGCGUUGCCGGUUUGGGGGGGACGGGAGAAGUUGAUGGGGGUUUCGCCUUUGGCGUGCGGAGCGCCUGCUGGACGGGAGAAGCCGUUUAUCCUGGAUAUGGCGCCGUCGAUUGCGGCGCGGGGCAAGAUUUAUAAGGCUGCACGGCGGGGGGAGAAGAUUCCGGCGGACUGGGCGUUGGAUGCGGAGGGGAGGCCUACGGAGGAUCCGAAUCGCGCGCUGGAGGGCGUUAUGUUGCCUAUGGGGGGUCCGAAGGGGUCGGCAUUGGCGGUUAUGAUGGAUGUGUUUUCUGGGGUGUUGUCUGGGUCGGCGUUUGCGGGUCAUGUUACUGGGCCUUAUGAUCCUUCGAAGCCGGCGGAUGUGGGCCAUUUUUUGGUGGCUAUUAAGCCAGAUUUGUUUAUGGGGUUGGAGGAUUUUAAGGAGCGCAUGGACUAUCUUUAUCGGAGGGUUGUUGGGUCGGAGAAGAUGGCUGGGGUGGAUCGCGUUUACUACCCUGGAGAGAUUGAACAGAUUACGCAUGAGGAGAGGUUGGAGACAGGCAUUCCUUUCGUUCAGGCUGAGAUUGAUGCUUUGAAUAGGGAGGCAGACAAGGUUGGAGUCGAGCACCUUAUUGUUCCAUAAGUUGAGUUUGAGUAGCUAUCAUGGAUAUCUUAAUGACCGCAACAGCAAAAUCAUCUUUUCUAACAUCUUACCGUUGCACCUGCUCG